AUGGUGCGCGGCGCCGCGUCGCAGAGGGGUCACGGGACCGCGGCGGGCGCGCCGGUCCCAGGCCGGCCUUUGUCCGGCGGCGGCGGCGGCGGCGAGGUGUCGCUCACGCAAAUCCGCGGUCUGCCCGGCACAUGUGUGGUACGGCGCAGCGCGGCGCCGUCCUCCGCAGACAAAGCGGGCGCCCGCCGCGGCCCCGGGCCAUUCAUUGAGCGGCGCCCAGCGGGGCCCGGCCUGGGAACCGAGGCCGCCGCCUCCGCCGCUGCGGGGGCGGGAGCGGGGGAGAGGGGCGCGCGGGGACGGCCGCUUUGA